CAUACUUUUUCUUUUCAAAAAUGCCUUCAACCCUUGGUUUUAUCAAUUCUAAAUUGCUGUUUUGCCUCUUGGUAACGUCAAUUCUAUACCAUUCUGCAUUUGUUACUUCAAAACCUACUGGUUUCAGUCUAAGGGCUGUCAUAGAUGAUUCUCCAGAGUCUCCAUUAUAUCUUAUUGAAAACUUGACUAUAGCCGAAAGGCUAGAAAGAUUGAUCAAAAUUUCCUAUGCUAGGGUUAAUUAUUUGAAUCUAGUUUCAAGUGGUGAUGCAAAGCUAGUUCCUGAUAAUAUUCGGAUACCCAUGCUCCGAGAUGCUGUCUACUAUGCGGUAGCGUUUACAAUAGGAAGCCAAGGACAUCCAGUGAAGUUGUUGAUGGACACUGGAGGUGGUUUAAUUUGGACCCAAUGUCUGCCUUGCACAAAUUGUUUCCCACAAAAGCUUCCAAUUUAUAAUCCCGCUGCUUCCACCAGUUAUGCCACGGCGACCGGAGACUCUACAAUUUUGAACAUGGUCGUUAUUGUGUGUACAAUGCUCAAUACAGUGGUGGAGCCUCUACCAGUGCCAUUGCGUCCACGGAAGCAUUUCAUUUCUUUGUCGACCAACAUAGUACGCACCCGUUCAACGUCAUCUUUGGGUGCUCGUAUGAUAGUCGGGAUAUUGCUUUUAUGAACACUGACAUUUUAGGGAUCUUCGGGUUAAGCUUCUCACCGGAUUCAAUGGCAUCCCAGUUUUCGGCUUUGAUUCAACAUCGAUUCUCGUACUGUUUAGCCCCUUUUGAUGAUGUAACCCCUCGUCCUUUGGUUUUAAGGUUUGGAGAAGACAUUCCACAACUGCCUCCACAAAGUGUUGGAUCAACACAGUUGAUAGCCUCUCCCACAUCUUAUUUUUUCUACUUGGGAUUGAAAGACAUAUCUGUUGCAGGUCAUCGUAUAGGAUUUCCACCAUCUAUUUUUCAGAUUAAGCCAAAUGCAGGGGCAGAAAAUAAUUUUUGGGGGCCGAAGGAAAUUUAAUUUUUUACAGUUUAUAUAUUUAUAAUUUUUAAAGGAUUAAA